GGAGAGCGGGGAGCGGACCGCCGGAGUGGGGCAUUGCGGGGAGUGAGGGCCGGACCGAGCCGCCCCAAAGGACCGAUGCGCCGGGUGGGGCGCUGGCCCCGGAGGGCGUGAGCCGCCCGCAGAUUGAGCAACUUAGGAACGCGCGGGCGGAGCGCGGGCGAGCCGGGCGCCCAGGACAGUCCUGCGGCAGGCGGGUGAGCCGGCCGCGCCCUCGCCCCUCCAGGGCCUGCCCCCGCCGCGGCUGGCAGCGCGGAGGUUGGUUUUUGGAGGUGUCCCUGCUGAAGUGACAAAGAGUUCUCCCAUGUGACACACCCUGAGGUGCCUUUGGGGAAAGCUCUCUGGACCUCCCAAUGGGCUGAUGAAGAAGUGGGCUCCCCACACCCUCUCUGUCCCCAACUAAGAUUAUGGUGGAUUUGGGAUACGGCCCAGGCCUGGGCCUCGUGCUGCUGACCCAGCCCCGCAGGCAUUAGCAAGAGCCCUGUGCUGUCCACCCCCCCCCCCAGAGACCACCCCUCCUACCAGGGGACUGGAGCUGGCAAGUGACUAUGCGGCUUGGGCUGUGUGUGGUGGCCCUGGUUCUGAGCUGGAUGCAUCUCGUUGCCGGCAGCCGGGGGAUCAAGGGGAAGAGGCAGAGGCGGAUCAGUGCCGAGGGGAGCCAGGCCUGUGCCAAAGGUUGUGAGCUCUGCUCUGAGGUCAACGGCUGCCUCAAGUGCUCGCCCAAGCUGUUCAUCCUGCUGGAGAGGAACGACAUUCGCCAGGUGGGCGUCUGCUUGCCUUCCUGCCCGCCUGGAUACUUCGAUGCCCGCAACCCCGACAUGAACAAGUGCAUCAAGUGCAAGAUUGAGCACUGUGAGGCCUGCUUCAGCCACAACUUCUGCACCAAGUGUAAGGAGAACUUGUACCUGCACAAGGGCCGCUGCUAUCCGGCCUGUCCUGAGGGCUCGGCGCCGGCGAACGGCACCAUGGAGUGCAGCAGUCCUGCACAAUGUGAAAUGAGUGAGUGGUCCUUGUGGGGGCCGUGCUCCAAGAAGAAGAGGCUCUGUGGCUUCCGGAGGGGCUCUGAGGAGCGGACUCGAAGGGUGCUCCAUGCCCCUGGUGGGGACCACGCCGUCUGCUCUGACACCAAGGAGACCCGGAGGUGCACAGUGCGGAGGACGCCCUGUCCCGAGGGACAGAAGAGGAGGAAAGGGGGCCGGGGGGAGAACGCCAACAGGAACCUGAGCAGGAAGGAGAGCAAGGAGGUGGGUGCCGGCGCUCGGAGACGCAAGGGCCAGCAACAGUCGCAGCACCAAGGGACAGUGGGGCCGGUCACACCUGCGGGGCCCACCUAGGGACAUUCAUCACCUCCAGGCCCUCGCAGAAAGAGUCCAGCGCUGCUCUGUGUGAUGGAAGCUUUACCGAACUGGAGCGCUGGGGGCAAAGUGUGCACACACUCUCCAUACAUAUAUGGACACACAGACACACACACACAGGGCCCAUGUCCAAACAUGCAACCAACAUACAUGCGCGUGCGCGCGUGCGUGCGCGCACACACACACACACACACACACACACACACACACAACCAAGGCCACCGGAAGACACUUCUCUCUUGGACAUCACUGCAUGAACAGGGUGGGGAGGUGGAGGGGUCACCUUUGCCUGGCAGAGGGCCCAGUGGAACAGACUUGGUUUGAGAUGCUCCCAAGGGAUAUGUCAGAGGGACCAUUUCCCAGCGUCCAAGCCCAAACAGAGUGGAGCCUUCUGGAGGAGCCGAUAGGAUCUGCCCGGUGUGGCAGACAGGAACCAAAGCUUGAGGACUGUUCAGCAUUUUCAGCUGUGUGACUUUAUCAUUGGAGAGUAUUGUUUCACACCCAUGAUCCAUAUCAGGGCUGCCCCGACUCUGAAAACUGCUUUCAGGUUUAUUUCAAAUUAAAAACAAAACCAAAUGACAACGGUAGCCACAGGCACCACAUUCCUUCACAGGGUGCAGGGAUUCGUGGGGUAUGUGGGAGCAGACGGGACAGGGCUGAAUUUCCAGAGACCCUCCCUAAUGGCCUCCUGGACAGAGGGUCCAGAGCAGGAAAAAAACUUCGAGGAUACUCUGAGGGUGAUACCCAGCUUCUCUACAGCCUUGUUACUCAGAGUGUGGUCUGUGGACCAGCAUCCACGUUCUCACCGGGCAGCUUUUUAGAAGGGAGAGUCUCAGGUCCCAUCCCAGACCUGAUGAACCAGAGUCUGCAUUAUAACGAGGUCCCGGGUGACGGGCAUGCACAUUCAAGUUUAAGAAGCUCUGCUCUGAUCACCUCUACGGAUAGAACAAAUGUCCUGGCCAGCUUGCCACAAGAGGGAUUCUGGUCCGCUAUAAAGGAAGACUUCCCAACUGGGAGAGGUAGAAUCUGAGUCCUAGAACACUAUAGUGGCACCCUAGGGGGAGGGGGUGCUCAGCCUCUCUGGGACGGUUGGGGACCGUUGGAUCCAAAGGCAGGACAGCAGACAGCAUGACCUCCUGUGGCAUCUGAAGUGUCCACUGGCAGACAUGUGCGCCAGGCCCUGGACUGAGUGGUUUCUUGGGGGAGCCAGG